AUGGCUGAUUUAGAAUACGAUUACAGUAUAAGAGCUGCUUUAAUUGAGGAUUAUACUGUUGGAAAAUCAAGUUUAUUUGAUAGAUAUGAUAAAGGAGCUUCCAGAUCUGACUUUUACAAUUGUGCACAUCCUUCUUUUACAAUGAGAUCUGAGCGUUUUAAAGAAUUUAUUAUCAGAAUUACGGUCUGAAACACAAGUGGAUAUGAAAGAUUUGGCGAGCUUCCAUAG